UUUUUUAAAUUUAGCCUACCGGGUCGGGUCCUGUUUAAUAUCUACAUCCAUAACCUGUUCGAAUGACUGUUGAAACUACAACCAUGUACAAAUGAGAAGCAUUUGAAAAACACUUUCUGGCUCUGUUACAUCUCCUAGUAUAUUAGUAGUAUCCCUCUUUCACUAUCUUUUCCUCAAUCCUCUUCUUUGAAACUCAACAACAUUCAAGAGGAUCAGUCAAUCUAUAUAUCCAUUUAUCAAUCAAAAUCUUCGUCAUCAGAAAAAGAAAAUUAACAAAAGGAUGUCGUCUUCAUCAGCUACUUUUUCACCGGACCACCUCUCUCCUUCCGAUCAGCUCUGUUACGUCCAUUGCAACUUUUGUGACACUGUUCUCGCUGUGAGUGUUCCUUGCACCAGCUUGUUCAAGACUGUCACGGUUCGAUGCGGCCACUGCACCAAUCUUUUGUCCGUCAACAUGCUUGGUUUGCUUCUUCCUACGGCUAAUCAGCUUCACCUUGGCCAUUCUUUCUUCACUCCUCAGAGUCUCUUGGAGGAUAUCCGAAGCAGUGCAACACCGAAUAUGGUGAUCAAUCAACCAAACCAGAUUAAUGAAUCUAUUAUGCCUGCUGUUCAUGGAGGAGUUGAAGAUAUCUGCAAACCUCCAGUAGUCAACAGACCUCCGGAGAAGAGACAGCGAGUCCCAUCCGCCUACAACUGCUUCAUCAAGGACGAAAUCCAACGCAUCAAAGCUGGGAAUCCUGAUAUUAGUCAUAGAGAGGCCUUCAGUGCUGCAGCCAAGAAUGUAAGAUCUCAAGAUUCCAUUACUCUCUUCAACAUUUCUUUUAUUAUUAUUUACUUCAAAUAAUUUUAAAUGUUUUUUUUAG